GAGAGUCUGGGGAAUUAGAAGCAGUGCUUUGUGGCCAUGAGUUACUGCUUAUUUUCUGUAACUACAGUUAAAGGGGUUAUACAGAGGCGUUUUGGCUCUGUAAGGUAAGGCGAUGUUAUUUGCUUGCAGUUUUAAAUUUACGCAGUCAGUGACUCCUCACAAAGCUUCAUCUUAUCUUUACUCUCUUUUCAGGAAUGUUAGAGUCAGCUCUGCUCGCAGAGGCAAUGGAUGGAGCCAACCACUCUAUGGUAUCUGAGUUUGUGCUCCUUGGACUCUCCAAUUCAUGGGGGAUUCAGGUUCUUCUUUUCCUCUUUUCCUCUGUGUUCUACAUGGCGAGUUUGGUGGGAAACCUCCUCAUUGUGUUCUCUGUCACCUCUGACUCUAACUUACACUCCCCCAUGUACUUCCUGCUGGCUAACCUCUCCUUUCUUGACCUGGGAGGUUGCUCUAUUGCAGCCCCCAAAAUGAUUUAUGACCUUUUUAGAAAACACAAAGCCAUCUCUUUCGGGGGUUGUAUAACUCAGAUCUUUUUUAUUCAUGUUAUUGGGGGCACAGAAAUGGUAGUGCUCAUAGCCAUGGCCUUUGACAGAUAUGUGGCCAUAUGUAAGCCUCUCCACUACUUGACCAUCAUGCACCCACGAAUGUGCAUUUUAAUUUUGGCUGCUGCCUGGAUCCUUGGCCUCAUCCACUCAGUAGCCCAACUGGCUUUUAUCAUAGACUUGCCCUUCUGUGGCCCUAAUGUAUUGGACAGCUUUUACUGUGAUCUUCCUCAGCUCAUUAAACUUGCCUGCACAGAGACCAACAGACUGGAGUUCAUGGUCACAGCCAACAGUGGACUCAUCUCUGUGGGGUCCUUCUUCAUAUUGAUUAUUUCUUACAUCUUCAUUCUGAUCACUGUUUGGAAACACUCUUCAUCUGGUUUAUCCAAAGCCCUCUCUACUUUGUCAGCUCAUGUCACUGUUGUGGUUUUAUUCUUUGGGCCAUUAAUCUUCUUCUACACCUGGCCAUUCCCCUCAUCACAUUUGGACAAAUUCCUUGCUCUCUUUGAUGCAGUUCUCACUCCUUUUCUAAAUCCAGUUAUCUAUACAUUUAGGAACAAGGAGAUGAAGGCAGCAAUGAAGAAACCUUGCCAUCAGCUUGUGAGUCAUAGGAAGAUAUCCUGAAUAUUCUAAAGGUAAACAAAAAUGUAGCUCUACACUCAAUGGCAAUGGAAAAAAUAAAGUCAUCGAAAGUUUAGAUCUCUGUUAAUUUUGUGUACUAGGUUACAUUUAGGCAUUUACCA